AUGAGAGCUCCUAAGGCGUGGUGGAUGGUCGCUGCUUUGUGCGGUUGCGACGGAGAGAGCGCGGAGACGGUAAUUUCAAAGAUGUCCCUCCUUGGGGAGCAAGUGACAAUGUUCGAUCCGGAGGUGGUCUCGGCUCUCAUGGGGUCAUCAUUCAUCGAGGCUAUUGAGGAGGAGGAUCGAGAUGCUGAGGCAGUACAGAAGCAUCUCACUGAGGAGCGAGCUGCUGAUUCGCACUUCCUCAAGUGGUUUGAUGACUCUCAUUACGAAGAGCAUAAUCACGGACCGUUGAAGCCUUACCACCCCGAGGUUAAAAUACGCCGAGCAUUCGAUCGGCUGAAGGAGUUCCUAGACAUGGCAGGACAGGACAUAUUUGGGAAUCUCCGUCAACAGAAUGCGAUACUGGGAGAACAGUUCGCAUCGUUGUUGGAGAGGACGGUCGGAGAUAGCAUGAUAGAAGACCUGAAGGCUCUGAUGGAGGUCUUCACUGCGGAGUUGGAGCUUCUAGAUAAGACUGCAAAAAACUACAAGACGGAGGCUCUGGCUCAAAGUGAUAGGGGAGAGAAGCUCAAGGUGGAGAGUGUGAACAUCGUUAAGGACGUAUCAGACAAGUGGGACAAGCUGAGUGAUGCCACAACGGAAGGGGAGGCCAGAGAUAUCCUUCGAGAGAACAGCGAGAAGGUUAAGACACACCUGGCGAACAUCAAGGCAAGUCCGUUGAUGUCAGAUGUCAAAGCUGAUUCUAAGAAGGAGUUCUUCACUGAGAUGGCAGGGGAGUUGAUCGGACAGAUGCGGUCUUAUGUCCCUACUAGUGAUAAACGGGUCGAGGAUCCGGACCAUCUGGCUGACAUUCAGUGGUCCGUUGGCACUCACGGCUUCGCCACUAGGGCUAACGACUUGCACGCCUUCAUGGACCUGUUGGCCAAGUUGCACGUGUUGUUGAAGGAAACAGCGGCGAAGAUGCGCUUGGACACCUACGUGGGGAAAGGGGUCUACACCAUGCCCUGGGCCAAGGGGAAAAGGGACGACCAGCAGGAAGAGGGCCGCAUCAGAGCUCUCUUGGGGAAGUACCCUUCAGUGCUGGGAACCAAUGAUCAGGAUGAGUACUAUGCGGAGAAGAAGAAGCGGUUGGAGCCGCUGCAGAUGUUCUCGAGAAAGUAUGGCACUCAGGGGAAGCUGAUAGGAGGUGGAGGAGGAAAGCAGGAUAGUGAUGUGGGAGGUGGCAGCUCCGCGAAGCAUGAGGAGGAAGGGGAGGAAAUAUCAUUGAUUGAGAUGAAGAAAGGUCUCGAUUUGGAGAAGCUCGUCCAGGAGGUCUCGAAGGACAUGGUCAACUCGGAGGCUGCAGUGGCGGAAGCCGACGCGGAAUUGUCGAAGAAGGGUGGCACGAAGGUCUCUGUUGACGAGGAGGAGGAGGAGCGUAGCCGUGCUGAGCAGAAGGGCCAUGGAGAGCAUGAGAUUGGGGAACACCAUGGAGGAGGAGAAGAGGAGGAGGAAGAGCAGCACGACACCAUGGAUGAUCACGAGGAGGGUGGUGCAGAUGGGAGGGACAGGGACGAGGAUCACCACCACCACAGUAGUGUCGCACCCGGCUCUGAUGCUGCCCACAAGGCUGGAGAUGGUGAUGGUGACCGUCAUGUACACAAGGAUAUUGAAGAUCAGCAAGGCAGCGGUGAGUACGACUAUUUGGAUGGCGUUAAGGAGCUUUUUGAUGAAGACCAAGAGGGCAAGAAGGACGGCUCUUCGAGCUUUGUGGAGAGGCGGGUUGAGGUGUCUGUUCAUGGCGCACAGACGACAAAGACACCGACACGGCCUACCAAGGCCUCUGGUAGCCUCCUACAGGCAGGCCCGGGUGGAGAUGAUGAUGAGGAGAUGGAGGAGGACGGCGGUGAGGAGGAUAUGGAGUUCGCGGGAGAUGACGAGGAGGAGGAGCAUGGCGCCGAUGAUGGUGAUGAUGAAGAGGAGGGAGACCAUGGUCAUGCUGGUGAUGAUGGAGAGGGUACGAUGGACCAGCAGCAGGGGGAGAGCGUGGACGGUCAGGAAGAAGAGAGUAACCAUGCUCAUUAUGAUGUUGAAGGGCUAGACCAGGGAAUAGGGGAAGGGGAAGCUGGCGAUGGCAAGGCGGAGCUCCUAGACGUUCGGCUGACGAUGGAAGGGUCCGUGCCAAUGACAGUAGAAGCUCUUAAGAAGAGUGAAGAGCACCCCAAGGGGAAUAUGAAGGAACAGCAGGACGUCUUGCUGGUGAAAUACCAAGUGCUAGUAUCGAGGAUCGAUGGGGCGAUCAAUGCAUUGAGGGCAACUGGCAUGAUCAGGGAUUCACUGCUUGCCUUUGCUGAUAGGAUUGAGGAGUCUAGUAGUAAUCUGAUUGAGAAAAUGUGGCUGACAAAUAAGAAGGAGGUGCGCCGUAUCAUAGGCGACAAGGGAGUGUUGAAACUGGACGAGAUCAAUCCCUCUGAGUCUCGGAAGCACGUGGUGAAUGCUCAUGAGAAGCUGGUGAGGAUGUACGUAUUGAUUGAGAAGGCUCGGGCCGCCUGGACCCUUGUUGGGCCUAAGUACAGCGAGUGGGGCUCUGAGGAUCGUGGAGCGGACGAAUCAGCAUUGGGAGAGCCAGAGGCGGCAUCAGCUGUGGGAGUACCUGGGAUCGACGAAUAUCGUACGAGUAAACCCUACUCGUCACCUGAGAGGUCUUCCAAGACGGCUGGGAAUGCGUGGUACGUGAUGAGGGGUCGGUACUUUGGGGAGAAACUGUGCCAGUGUCUGUUGGACACAGAGCAUGAUGCUCUGAUACACAACAUACGCAAGGCCAUGGAGGUUCCGGAGGAUGCCUGUGAUCCGGCUACUAUCUGGAGUGAAGGGCAGGUGAUACCAGAGAUCAACAUCGAAGAGGAAGAUCCGAAUGAUCACGAGCUGCAAGGCAAGGUUACGCCAGAGUCGGAGGAGACAGAUGUCUAUCCAUCUACAGCCUCCUCUGCUGCUAGUAGCGAUGGAGGGCAGGUCACGGAGGGAAGUGGUGAGCAGGAGCAACUUGAUGCAGAUGAGAGAGACUCUACGAUGACCAUGUCAUUGGGGCCUCCAACCAGUAGCGACUAUCCCAGCGCCAACACCAGCUCGCUGGAAGAAUCAUCCGUGGAUGUUUCGAGUGUGAAUAUUGACGCGGUCUUGGCAUCAUCGAACCAGGCAGUGAUAGCUGCCAGGCCUUCCUCUACAUUUCGUGGCUACUCUGAAGAGGUGGUCAGGGCUGAGCUCAGCUUGCGGGACGCGGCCAUACAGGACUUGCAACGUGGUCUCGCCCUCAAGGCUACGGAGGUUUUAGCGGUCAAACAGCGGCUUGUGGAACUCCACUCUAGGGAGAUCGAGGGGCUCAGGGCUCAGCUGGACAUGGCUGAAUCAGCUCGAUUGCAAGCCUCGCGGAGAGCUGAGGAGUUGGAGGCAACUUGUGAUGAGUUGAAGGUUGCACACGCUCGCUCUACUGCGGCUCUCCAGCGUGAGCUCGUUGAGGCUCAAGGCAUGCUGCAGUUGCAAAGAUUUGAAACGGAACGCGCGACCAAUCUUGCCGAGGACCGAGCAGCUGUUGUGGAGGAGAUGCAACAAGAGUGUAAAGUUCUGAGGAGCAAAGUUGAAUUGUUGCGGACGGAACUGGACGAGGAGCGAGCGUCCAAAGUAAGGGAGCUGAGCUCAGUGCGAGGCGAGAUCGCGGUGUUGCGGGAAAGGCUGAGCUCGUAUGAAAAAAUGGAGGAAGAUAUGACUAUGGCAGUUCAAGCAGCUAUCUCUCUGGAAUCGACAUGCACACCGGGUGGUGACACGGGUGGAAACGACGCAGUGAUUUCGGAGGUGUUGGGGUCGAUCCCAGUGACUUCUCGCAGGAGGGUCAAGGAGAACCUCCUCCUCACAAGGCGCUUGCAGGACCUCACGGCUCAGCUAACCAGUUACAAGCAAAAAUACGAAACGGCGACAAGGGAGGCUGAUGCUCUUCGAGAAGAACUGGAAGUGUCCACGAAAAGGCUAGGGGAAGCUUCUAGACCGCAACAAUACAUCGCCGAAAGUCUUAAAAAUCGCGAUCUCGAGAUUGCGAAGUAUCGGGCACGGCUAGGGGAGGCGGAGGAGGAGAUAUCGAAGUUACACAAGGAGCUCGAGGGCUCACGAGAGAAGAUUGCCGAGGUGGAAGGGGAUAUACGUCGGUUGCUGUCUCUGAGGAGCAAAGGAAGCCACAAGCACUCGAUGAAAACCGCGUUGCCUGGGGGAGCUCGUUCGCUCGCCUCAACUAUUGCCACAAUGCGAUCCACUUUGCCUAUGAAUGUUCAAAACAAUUUUCCAGUGAUACUGGAACCGUCGGGCAUGCAACGUCUCCGAACAGAUGACUUGGUGUACGGCCUCAACAGGCUAGGUUCUGCUGCUGGGGGAUGUCGAGGAAAGGAGGGAUUUUGGGAGGCGGCCACGAUCGAGCUCCGAGGACGACUAAAUGAGAUGACCCCAACACAUCUGGGCCUCGCAGCUAGCCUUCUCUCGAGUUUGCCUUCUAUCGAUCAUUCUAUUAGGAAAGAGGUUCUAUCGGCCGUAGCGAUGAGAAUGAUGACAGGGAGCACUGCGAAGGGCAGUCAAGCAGUAGAACUCAAAGAUUUGUCAAGGUGUCUCCACGCGGUUGCCAAGAAUGGCGAUAGCAACGGGAUAGGGAAAUUGGUUGGCGUCAAUCUGGAAUCGGUCUCAUAUGGGAACGCUCAGGACUGUGCUAUGGCUGCAGGGGCUCUAGCCAAGGCUGGAAGCAGCGUGGAAACUCGCCGACUUAUGGCCAAACUUGCCCGGAGGAGCGUUGAAGUCUCGGAAGACUUCACACCUCAGGGAAUUGCUAUGCUUUGUAAUGCGUAUGCCAAGGCCGGCGUUAGGGAAGGGGAAUCCCUUAUACGUUUCUUGGUACCGAAUAUUGUCCUCAAGGCUGCUGAGUUCACUGGAGUCGACUGUGCAAUCGUUUUGAAUGCCUUCGCGCGGCUGAAAAUCAAGGACGGGCCCGCCCUGCAGCGCCUCAGGGAGAGAGUGACGGAGCUCUUGAGAGAGAACCAUGGCGGUGGUAGUAGUCUAAGUCGAGUUGCGACACAGUCACUCAACGCCAUGGCGAAAUUGAAUUAUAUCGAUGCCGAUUUUGUACGAGCUAUACUCGUUUGGUGCGAGAGGGAGUCCACUGAUAUUGCCAGAUGGAGCCCGCAAGACAUGUCCCUUUUUUGUCAUGGUAUCGUCCGGGUCGGUGGUCGCCCCUCGAAGGAGCUCAUAUCCCGCUUAGCAGAGACGGCUUCCUCUCGAAUAAGCGAGUUUGACGGUCAGGCUAUCUGUCUGGUCUGGGGGGCACUGGCUGAUCUCGAGGUGCCUCUCUCACUCGUGCGUAACGUGUUUGAAGUUGGCUCCAGGCGUUUAGCUGAAUGUCGAAGUAAGUCAGCUAAGGACGCUGUUUAUAGUCUGCAUGCUAUGGCCAAGGUUGGUUACUAUGACUGGGCCUUCCUUGAAACAGUGGUGGUUGGGUCCUUAUCUGGUAGAAUGGGAGCUCUCGUGAAGCAUAGCCAGCUCAUUGCAAUGCUGUCGCCCGACAUCGCCACGUAUUUGACUGGGGGUCAGCCCACUGAGAGGCAGAGGGUCGUGGCGGAGGAAUUCCUGAUGAAGUUGGUGGAGUUGUUACAGAGCGAGCCGGGCCUUAUGGAAAAAGAUCUCACGAGUGGUCAGUUGGCGAUGUUCCUUCUUGGUUUGGCUAGAUGCAACCAUAGCAAGGCAGUGGAAUUUGCCAGCGGAGUGGUACCGUUAAUAGCGUCAAAAAUGGCCCCUGUCAGCGGUGACACAAGGCCGUUGGCUGUUGUACUCACCGCGCUAGCAUUGCUUGACUUCACUCCCCAGAAGGCGCUACUAGACCUCUUGGGCAAGGCCUAUUGGGAAAGGGUGGAUUGGUUGGGAGAUUCAGUGCAGCAAAUAGACCCGUGUCUCAAUGCCCUUGUACGGCUAGACUUGGUUCACCGAGCUAUGCCGCUUUGGAGAGGAUUGCUGAAGUCGCGUAUUAAUUCCGCGAAGGGUCAUAGCUCUAUUGCAGCGGGUGGUGAGAAACUUGCCAUCGCGGCUCAUGCCGUCUCAAUGGCGACCGGCGUGCUCCCGAGAGUAUUCAUGGGGGCAUUGGUGCAUCUCGAUGAGGUCGGCUGUAGGCAAGUACUCGGGGCCCUCCUCGGUUCUGGGGUUAGGAACCUCGACGCGCUGCCCUUGGCAACGCUACGAGACCUGAUCAAAGCGGAGGCUGGUACGCCUCGAUCGGGUAAUGGUAGGAUCCACUCUGAAGUUGGGACGGUAUUGGAGCUGCAGAUGGGCCUGCCAGUCGUGAGCGAGACUGUGGUGGCCGACCUUUUCCUCGUAGACUUGCUAAUUGACGUUUCUGAUUAUGUUGAUGUUUCAUGA